UCGCUGCGCCGGCGGCUGGAGGAGCUUUAAUGCAAAGGCUGAGAGCCCUGGCAGCCAUCCUGCUCCCGAAAUAUCUGUGGGGACGCGCUAGCUCCCCUCCCUGCUAACCCCAACCCGCUGUCCGCAGGGCUCGGUGGAUUGCCCCAACCUGGAGUUCGAAUACGGGGAUACCGACGGCCACGCUGCCGAGUUAGCAGAGCUGUACAGCUACACCGAGGAGCACGAGCUCAGCACCAACAAGAGAUGCUUCGAGGAGGAUUUUCACGCUCAAGUGCAGGGCAGGAGGUGGCUGGAGCUGGACGGGGCUCAGCAGAAGGCCUACGUCAUGCGGCUGCUGGAUGGGCUGGAGGUGGUCAACAGGGACAAGCGGCUCAAAGUGGCACGGGCCAUCCUCUACCUGGCACAGGGUGUUUUUGGAGACUGCGAUAACGAAGGCGAUGUCCUGCACUGGUCUCGGCACAACAGCUUCCUCCUGUACCAGCUGGGAACCUUCACUGCCUUUCUGGAGCUCCUCAACAUGGAGAUCGACAACAGCCAGGCCUGCAGCAGCGCCCUGAGGAAGCCGGCCAUCUCGCUGGCUGACAGCACGGAGCUCAGGGUGCUGCUCAGUGUCAUGUACCUGAUGGUGGAGAACAUCCGUGUGGAGCAGGAGGCGGAUCCCCCCGAGUGGAAAACCUGCCGGGAGACCUUCAGGAUGGAGCUGAGUUUCCCCGUGCACACCGACGAGCCAUUUGCUCUUCUGCUCUUCACGAUGGUGACCAAGUUCUGCAGUGGCCAUGCUCCACAUUUCCCCAUGAAGAAGGUCCUGCUCCUGCUCUGGAAGGUGCUUCUGUUCACGCUGGGUGGAUUUGAAGCCCUGCAGACGAUGAAGGUGAGGAAGAGGGAAGAGUUGGGGCUGCCGCCCUUGCCGGAGGACAGCAUCCAGGUGAUGCGCAGCAUGCGCGCCGCCUCACCUCCCACCUACUCCAUCGAGCUCAUGGAGCAGCAGCAGCAGCAGCAGAAGCGCGGUCACCGCAGCCGGCGGCCCCUGGUAAAGCAAGACAGUUUGGAUAUCUACAACGAAAGAGACCCCUUUAAGAAUGAUGAAGCAGGAGUUGAUGAAGAGGAGAACGAUGACGUGGAGAGCGGGAUCGAGGGGGAACUGGACCUGAUGGAGCGGGACACGAUUAUCCCCGCUAUGCCUGCUCAGCGCCCGCCUAUUGAAAGGGUGUCAUUCCCCAAAGGGCUUCCCUGGGCCCCCAAAGUCAGACAAAAAGACAUCGAGCAUUUCCUGGAAGCAAGCAGGAACAAAUUCAUCGGAUUCACGCUGGGACAAGACACCGAAACCCUGAUAGGGCUACCACGGCCAAUCCAUGAAAGCGUGAAGACACUGAAGCAGCACAAGUACAUUUCCAUCUCGGAUGUCCAGAUCAAGAACGAGGAGGAGCUGGAGAAGUGCCCCAUGUCUCUGGGGGAAGAGGAAGUCCAAGAAACCCCUUGUGAGAUCUUGUAUCGAGCAAUGUUGUACAAUCUCCCCCAGUAUAUGAUAGCUUUGCUGAAGAUCCUCCUUGCCGCGGCGCCCACCUCCAAAGCCAAGACCGACUCCAUCAACAUCCUGGCAGAUGUGUUGCCUGAAGAGAUGCCGUAA